AAGGAAAUUAAGGGACGUUGUUGCUUCCCUGGGAUGGGGAUGAGUGAGUGGGACCAGGUAGGCUAACCGUGCCAGGUGUAUGCUGGUUUUUAUGCACCGGGGAGAUUUCACUCCGGGUAAAGGUAUGCCAAUCGGAGAAAUUCCUUGCAGGACUGUUUGGUCCAAAAAACUGCUGUCCUGUGCACAUGGUUGCCUAUCUGCGGGGUAUAGUGCAGUGCUCCUUUGACCAGGACCUGAGUAAAGUCUGCGGUGCGGUGGCUCUGAUGUUUUGACCGCAAUGCUUUUUUUUUUCUCAGAUGAGGUUCAACGCUACGUCUGCGUCACGUGGCUCUCCUCAGUGAAGGCUUUGCUUUCUGCGGCUCCUCAGCAGAGCAGCGAUGUUGAGGCUUGGAUGCGAGAUGCAUCUUAGAGGGACUGGCUCAUAGAGGCAAAGUUAUGGCACGGUCAUCCCCGGAGAACAAGGUCCCGCAGCAAUUUCUCUUCGCUAAAAAGUCCCUCACCGGUAACACGCACGUCUUCCUGCGACGCCGGAGCGAGAAAACCCCAAAUUACGCGUCCAAAUAAACUAAUUGAAAAUUGGGGCUGAAGCGCGUCAAGGAGUGAAUGACAUUUCAGCAGUGUGGAGUUGAGUGACGGCCACAAUGCAACAGGCCUGUGAAGUGAAGAUAACAACUAGCUCACAGCUACACACGGCGUAAAGCUAAUCUGGAUGCAGCCAUAGUUACAAGUGUCUUUCGACCACCUGAGGAUGACACUCGGACAAUAGGAAUCCUGAGUUUAUUCUUCACCUCCAGAGCCAUCAGGCAUUCUACCAAAUCAGCAUAAACAGUGAAACCAAGUCCGCCAUGAACCUGUUCAGGAAGGAUGCCAUGACCACUAAGAAGGAGAAGGAAAAAGAGAUCCAGUAUGAGGACCCUCCAGAUGGAGGUUGGGGCUGGAUGGUGGUGCUGCAUUGCUUUCUGGUAAACGUCCUAGUGAUGGGAACACUGAAGAGUUUUGGGAUCUUCUUUGUGGCAUUCCAAGAUGAGUUUGGAGGCUCAUCAGAGAGCAUCAGCUGGAUCGGUUCCAUCAUGUCGAGUCUGCGUCUGUCUGGAGCGCCCCUUGCCUCUGUGGCCUGUGCCAAGCUUGGAACCAGAGUGACCUCCAUCGCCGGGGCAGUGCUGGUUAGUGGAGGAUUCCUCAUUAGUAUUUUCGCCAACAGCGUGGUGUUCCUCUACAUCAGCAUGGGAGUGAUAGUUGGAAUUGGUUUUGCACUACUUUACCAAGCCUUCUCAGUGGUCACAGCGCUGUACUUCCGAAGGAGGUUAGCGACAGCGUAUGCAAUUGGGCGUUCUGGCAUGGGUUUGACCUUUGCCCUUGCUCCGUUUACUCAGCUGCUCCUGGACAAGUAUGCUUGGCAAGGAGCAAUGCUAAUUCUUGGCGGUCUAAUGCUGAAUCUGGUGGCCACUGGGAUGCUUCUGCGACCCAUCAACGUGAAGCCUCCUGUGUCAAACCCUACCUCUCCUCCCAUUCAAAAGAGCCCUGCUGUUUCCAUCAAGAGCUCCUCAGAGAAGGAAUGCACUAAGAGCUGCUUGAAUGGCUCCUCUCACUUAUCCAAUGGCAUCUCCAAAGCAGACUCAUUUCCAUCCCCUCCUCCUGCCCCUCACGGGGAUACUGAGAACCUGGGGGGCCAAUGUACUCAGGGACUCCAGGACCAGUCAGUGAACCCUGAAUUGACCAGACUGGUCCUUAAUGGUGUAAAUGGCCAUGAGCCCCACCAUGACUUGGGUCAGUGUAAACCCACAACUCCAGAUAGCUCAGCAGAGCUCAAUGGCAGCAUGAAUCGGUCCACCAUUGUUGGAUUUCCAUCACAUGCCAACACAUCGAGUGAGGUGACCGUCAUAAAAACCAAAGUACUGGAUUUCUCUCUGCUAAAGGACCCGUUCUUUUGUAUCUAUACUUGGUCCUUAGUCUUCAGCCAGUUGGCCUACUUCAUUCCCUAUUUCCAUCUGUCUGCUCGAGCCAGAACCCUGGGCAUCAAUGCCAUGGAUGCUUCCUUCAUCAUCUCUGUGGCAGGUAUCACAGAGACCAUCGCCCAGCUGGCCUCGGGCUGGGUAACAGACAGGAACCUGUUCCAUAAAUACCACUACCACAAGGCCUACCUGAUACUCUGUGGUCUGGUCAACCUGCUCUCCCCGAUGGCAACCUCCUACAUCCUGCUGAUGGUUUACGCUGUCUUCUUUGCCAUCUUCUGUGGUGGAUACAUGGCUCUGCUGCUGCCCGUUCUAGUAGAUCUUGUGGGGUCGGAGAAACUUAACAACUCCAUGGGCUUCUCCAUGUUCUUUGUUGGCCUGGGUUGCCUCACAGGACCUCCUUUGGCUGGCUUCCUGUACGACUACACUCAGACUUACGACUGUUCUUUCUACCUGGCUGGCCUCUGCUAUCUGCUCUCAUCUCUCUCCCUGUUCAUGGAGCCGCUGGCUCAGCGCUGGAAGGCCAGGAACAAACUGACCCGCACCAAGAGAGCGGAAAGCAGCUGUAAGACCAACGGCUGCUUCGCCCCCGACCGCCUGCAGAACGGCGCUGUGUAGGAAUGAAACCCAGGGAAGGCCUUCGAUCUUGAACCAGCAUGCUCAUAAAGUGCCAUGGGCCCGCAUACCUUGGACCUUGGACUCUGUUUUAAAGUCGGGACCCAAGUGACCCUUAAUUUCAGCAGGAGCGUAACACGGUGCCGAGGAGACCACAGUAACAUGUCUAGGAACAUGCCAUAGUCGGGACGUUGGUGAAUAGCUGAUUAUGAUGAACUUUUAAAAAGCCAAAAUUUGGGUGUUCUGCAAAAUAUUUUACUCCCUAUUCUUGUCUUAUCAGAGGUACAUGCAACCAAACUGAAGUAAUCCUCUACAUACAUUAUCCAGCACAUUUUAAUAGUAGCUGCUUUGUAACCAUAACUUAUUAAAACACAGUCUAAAUCUGUUUUUCAAUGCAACAACAAAACUGCAUUAACUUUGCAGUGACUUUUAAUUGGAAAUGAAGCUAUGUAGUUAGCUUGAUAUCCUGUUAUCUGAAGUCCUCCUCCUGUUGUUUCUGUGAUGGUAUUCAUGGAAGAACAUAUCCAUGAAGAAAUCUCACUCGAUUUCUUUGGAAGCAUUUACCUGUAUCUGUAAACCUGUACUCACUGGUAUGCACUUUGGGCCAAAUUGUAAUUAAGCUGAAUGACAUCUGACCUUUUAACUGCCAGGUAAUUAAGAAAGUGAGCAACCACUUAAUUGCAGCCUGCUUGUAUGACACAAAUGUGUAACCUGCUCUUAAAAGCCAAAAAGCAGCAACUGCUUCAGUAGUUUAAUCUCUUGCCCCAAAACUAUUAUUGUAGGCACAGGGGUAGCUUGAAUGGCAUGUUUUACCAGUUAGAGGUAUAAUCAUAUUCUCGUAUUUAUAUCUUUGUUAUUAAUAAUCUGGAUGCUUUUUUUGUCUGUCAACUACUUUAGCAUACUUAGACUUAUGCUGUGUCUCAAUUCAGAUACUUUUGUGAGUACACUUACAUGUAGUGCACUGUGUACACUAUGUACUCACUUGUGUAGUGCGUACAUUUCGACAGGAUAGUGUUGUCUGGAACCGGAAAUGACUAUUCGUCUUCUUUUUAAUGGUAAAUUGCAUCCGGGCAGAGCAUUACCGCAACCUAUUGUCGCCCGCAAAAAUAUAUAUAUCGGCUUGUUUUUUCACCAUCUGAC